AUGGCCAACACCACCAUCCGGGGUGCAAAAGCUAUCCAUGGUGCUAAUCCUAUCACCCUUAUUGAAACUGUCAUUCGCCUUCGUAUCUGGGAGUCUUCAUAUUGGAAAGAAGAAUGCUUUGCGUUGACUGCCGUAUCUCUCAUCGACAAGGCCAUCAAACUCAACACUAUUGGGGGUGUCUACGAUAACACAAAGCCCACCGAGUUCAUUUGUCUUCUCCUCAAGUUGCUGCAAAUACAACCCGAAAAAGAAAUCAUCGUCGAAUAUCUCUUGGUGGAAGAAUACAAAUAUCUACGGGCACUCGCCGCCAUUUAUAUACGACUGACGUUUGGGGCUGUUGAAGUUUACGAACUACUCGAACCUUUGUUGAAUGACUAUAGCAAACUGAGGCAGUUAUCCAUUUCGGGUUACAGUUUGACAUAUAUGGACGAAUUUGUAGACAAGCUAUUGAACGAGGAUCGAAGGGACUUGCAGCGCGUAAAAGCAAACUUAUGGAUGCGAUGGAGGACAAGGAGAGUGUAUCCAGUAGACGUCGAGGGAGAUCCCGUUCUCGUUCCAAGUCUGGUUCUAUGGCUGAGAGUCGAAGUCGAAGCCGUAGCCGGUCUCCAUCUCUCAUCGCUUCAAAUGACGAAGAAGAUCGAUACAUUUCUCGCAGUCCCUCCCGAUCCCGCUCCCGUUCAAGGUCUGGCUCCCCAAACCAGAUGGACACAACCAUGUAAUAGAUAUUCGAGCAUUAGCAUACGGUUAGAUAAUUAG